AUGAUAGAGUCGUCCACAGAAUUAGGGUGUUCCAUUCCUGCUAAUACUCCUCAUGCAGUCUCUGUUGCUCUUCCAAAAUGGCAGGACAAUGUCGAUUACGAAGAGGGAAAGGAAAGAGUCCUCAGUCGCAUGGUGACAGGAUAUCCCAGAUUUUUUAUACAUAAAGAAAUUCAGAAACUUAUAUCAGUCUGCAAUCGUAAAUUUGCUAAACCAGAGGAAACAUGUCUCCUCUUCCCCACUCGCAAAGCGGCUCAACGCUGUAAAGAAUUUCUUAAUUCCUACUAUAUUCCCUCUGCGCCCGCCACACAAAUGCGCCCACGCUUAGCAGAGAUAUCAGUUAUUCCCCCGAAAGAUGAUGUUUCGCCCACCUUGUCUAAAUUAAUAACUCUUCACGUGGUAUUAUUUCCGGAAGAUGCUUUCAAAAUCGCCAAAUCAUUCUGGCAGCACUCUGGAGAAGGCAUAUCCUCACGUAUGGCUGAAUACAUUCUCUGGCUGAUGCAAACACAACAAUAUGGACAAUCAUACUUGGAAAAUGGUAGUGGCGCUCUAUCAAGACGACUAUCAUUUAAGAACAGGUACUCCAAUCCAAAAGUCUUUUGUAGUUCACAGCUAUACGAGCAAUCGUCAACAUUGGAAGGACAUGCGAGUUUGAAUCAACCGACCUUUGAGGAGAACCGCUACGUAGAAGAGAGAUAUGGGCGCAAUUUACACAUAGCAUUUGCUGAUAAAGCAAAGGUAGUACUAAAAAGACGUAUAGCAGGCACAAUGGGAGUUGCUGAUAAGACUGAGAUUGAUGACUUGGACCAUAUGGUGUCGAGCGAUCUUGCAACGUCUUCGACAGCUGAGCGUGGAGUCAGUGAUGUGACUGAGGAUGACGUGUAUCUAUUUUCUUGCGGAAUGAAUGCUAUAUUCCAUGCACAUCAUUAUCUCUUGGCUGCUUUUCCGCCUAGGAAAAGUGUAUGUUUUGGGUUUACAUACACGGAUAGUUUGAAAGUGUUGCAGAAAUUUGGACCAGGGUGUUUUUUCUUUGGAAACGGAUCAUCUGAAGAAAUCGAUGAACUUGAAAAAAUCCUCGAAGCCGGUGAAAAGAUUUUGGGAUUGUUCUGUGAAUUUCCUUCUAACCCAUUGUGCAAAUCACCCGACUUGAAACGCUUAAGGGCAUUGGCAGACAAGUAUGACUUUUUGAUGGUUAUCGACGAGACACUUGGCAAUUUCAUCAACGUGGCAGUAUUAGAAUGGGCGGAUAUUUUGGUCUCUAGUCUGACAAAGGUCUUUAGCGGGGACAGUAACGUGAUGGGCGGGAGUAUGGUGUUAAAUCCUCAACGCAAAUAUUAUCACAAAUUAAAAGAUGUUAUUAAAGCAGAAUAUGAGGAUAAUUUGUGGGAAGAGGAUGCAAUAUUCCUCGAGCGUAAUUCGAGAACGUUUAGGGAACGCAUCGCAAAGAUAGACGAGAAUGCUGAGGCUUUAUGCGAUUUUCUUAAUGAUCAUCCUAAGGUGAAGAAAGUCUACUAUCCAAAAUACAUUACACCGGAUAUAUAUCUCCAAUAUAAAAAAGCAAAAGGCGGAUAUGGUGGUCUGUUCUCUUUGACCUUUCAUACUGAUCUUGCAUCGGAACAAUUUUUUGAUGCACUUCCAGCAGCCAAAGGUCCAUCACUCGGGACCAAUUUCACAUUAGCCUGUCCUUAUACCAUCCUCGCACAUUACGUCGAACUAGAUUGGGCUGCGCAAUAUGGAGUAGAGAAAGGAUUAGUUAGAGUAAGCGUAGGAUUAGAAGAUAAAGACAUUCUGCUGGACAAUUUUGCAAAGGCUUUAGAUGCCAUCAAACAAUAA